AUGAUUCAUCUUUCAGUCUGACGUCUCACAAUGGCUGCUGAGUUGUUUCCUGCUAACACGCUGCUGCCUCCGGCCACCACCAGCAGUAACUCAUCCGUGCAGCAGGAGGAGCAGCAUCAGAACGUGACCAACAACAACGGCAGCAGCAGCAACAGCAGCAUCAGUGCACAAAGUUCCUGCAGCUGGCAGGGUCUUUACCCCAGCAUCCGAGAGAGAAACUCAGUCAUGUUCAACAAUGAAAUGAUGGCAGAUGUUCACUUUGUGGUUGGACCCCCUGGUGGAACACAAAGAGUUCCAGGUCACAAGUACGUCUUAGCGGUCGGCAGCUCUGUGUUCCAUGCUAUGUUCUACGGGGAACUGGCUGAGGAUCAGGAUGAGAUCCGGAUCCCAGAUGUGGAGCCACCGUCUUUCCUGGCUAUGCUGAAAUACAUCUACUGUGACGAGAUCGACCUGUGUGCCGACACGGUGCUCGCCACCCUUUAUGCUGCCAAAAAGUACAUCGUUCCUCACCUGGCACGGGCCUGUGUGAGCUUCCUGGAGACAAGUCUUAGUGCAAAGAACGCGUGUGUGCUGCUGUCACAGAGCUGUCUGUUUGAAGAACCUGACCUGACACAGCGUUGCUGGGAGGUGAUCGAUGCUCAGGCUGAGCUAGCACUUCGCUCUGAAGGAUUCUGUGAUAUUGACAUACAAACAUUAGAGAGUAUUCUGCGCCGAGAGACACUUAACGCCAAAGAGAUGGUUGUGUUUGAGGCAACACUGAACUGGGCAGAGGCUGAGUGCCAACGUCAGGAACUGUCCCCAACCAUUGAGAAUAAGCGGCUGGUACUCGGGAAGGCGAUCUACCUGAUUCGUAUACCUACUAUGGUCCUGGAGGACUUUGCCAAUGGUGCAGCACAGUCUGGUGUCCUCACUCUGAACGAGACCAAUGACAUCUUUUUGUGGUACACCGCCGCCAAUAAACCUGAACUCUUGUUCUGUACGAAACCUCGCAAAGGCCUGGCUCCACAACGGUGCCACCGCUUCCAGUCCUGUGCAUACAGGAGCAACCAAUGGCGGUACCGAGGACGGUGCGACAGCAUCCAGUUUGCCGUAGACAAGCGUGUUUUCAUAGCUGGGUUUGGGCUUUACGGCUCCAGCUGUGGCUCGGCCGAGUACAGCGCUAAGAUUGAGCUGAAACGCCAGGGUGUGCCAAUGGCACAGAGGAUCAUCAAAUACUUCUCUGACGGCUCCAGCAGCACUUUCACCGUCUGGUUUGAGUAUCCGGUGCAGAUCGAGCCGGACACGUUCUACACUGCUAGCGUGGUUCUGGACGGGAACGAGCUGAGCUAUUUUGGCCAGGAGGGCAUGACGGAGGUGCAGUGUGGCAAAGUGACCUUCCAAUUCCAGUGCUCAUCAGACAGCACCAACGGUACUGGUGUGCAGGGAGGUCAGAUACCAGAACUCAUCUUCUACGCAUGAGGGGAACAUCACCAAGAAAACAAAUCUGUUGAAAAGAAAAGGUUUUUAACACUGCUGAUAAGUUCACCCUGUUGCUCCUAGUGAUGACCCAAGAUGCCAUCCUAGUGAUUCUAUUUUAAAGUGCCAGUAGGGGGAGCCAUGUUUUUUAGUCAUUCCACGUUUUCAAUUCCAUCUUAAUAUUUUCUUUUUAUUUAAAAUGUUUAGUAAAAGUCUGUAUCCUUGGUGUCAUGCUGUUGUCACAGUAUGCAUAACAUAUGCUUUUAUUCUUUUUUUAGCAUCUUUAUUCAACAUAUUUAACAUUACAAAUCAAACACAGCAGGACAAUGGAGAAUCUAUUUAAUAAUUGUAAAAAAAAAACAUAAUUACCGACUGACAUAAUAUUGUGAAUCACAAUUAAUUGAGUAUUGAAUGUAAAAAAACAGUAUUGUUUCAUGUCCUCAUUAUGAUAUAAUGUUGGUGUUUGCCUAGUUAUCGCAAUAAUGAAAAGACGGAUGUUUGUAAAUACACAUCGAUGAUAGAACAUCUUACACAGUGAUGAGUUAAAGCACAAAUGGAAACCUGGGCGCUGCCAUCUUUUUUGAGGCACCAUGCCAUUUCUAGCCUUUAAGGCAUUUGUGUCUUGUUGUAGCUGCAGACUUGCGGUUCACAGGGUUGCACUGAUCCUCCUAGUGCAUUAUGGGUAACAUGCAGGCUCUAAGGUAAGCUCUGUUUUUAAUUUAGAAAUCAAUUUUUUUGUGCCAAUAUCUUUGGUGCUGAAAGGAGCAUCUUAACAUGACGUUAACGCUAACCAGCAUGAAGUUCCUCAGAUCACCUGAGGGGGGCUCUGCUACCGAGAAGAAACUUUAUAUUAACUGUUUUAUUUAGAGACCAUCUACACUUCUUGUGAUUUUAAUUUCCUAUACUCUGAAGAUUGUCAAUGUGUUUCUGUGACUGUUUCCUGUUUGUUUAUUUGUUUAUCUGAUCCAGAACCACAUUGAACAUGUUUGUAAACAUGUUGUUUUCAACAUCUCUGUGUUGAAUGUGCCAGUGACCUAGUUUGUGGCCUUAAGAACAAUCAACUUUUACAAAUAAAAUAUUAAUUUUCC